UUUGUACCCGCAGUCGCGCAACAGCUGAUGUGGACGCAGCCGACACACAACAUUUGAGCUUCUAAAAUAUCCAGUGACACGAAUCUAAAUCACGAUCUAUCGGCGGUCCCACCCUCCAUUACCGUAUAAUGGCACUUUUGCGAGGGAAAUAUUAAGGGAGAGAGCUAGGAAGGGGCACAAAAGAGGUCCAAAGUCGUGAGAUUAACGGGUCUCAUGGCCACCGAGAGGCGAGUUGUCAACACACCAAAUAUUCUGUCCAUUUUAAACCAACACAAAAAUAUGAAUACGAAAGUGUCACAAUACUUCAUCAAGAAAUACAAGGUAUGGGAAGUCCACCGACGCCUGGCACACUGAGCUUGCCGUUUACGUUAAUGCAUGGAGUGGAAUUCUCUGAUUUUAAAAAAAUAGAGGGUUUUAUUUAUCACUGAAAAAGCACAACAGCACCUUGGAGAGAAUGGCCCGAGAGGAAGGGAAAAAAUUUCUGGAGAAAUUCGUAACGUUGCAACUACCACGAGAGCGAAUGUCUCACCUGCGAUAAAGAUUCGCUUCCCUCAGACCUCUCCUGCUCGCCUUCGGGAUAACUGAGGCUCUCCUAGUAGCUUGUGGUGUGUCUGUGUGUGUUCUCAGAAGGUAUAUACGUAUAUAUAUACUGCAGCUAUGGGCGCUCCUGAUAUACAGCUGCCUAGUGUAGGGCCCGAAGAUGCAGAGGCGCCCUUAUAUGAUCCGGGACUUCUCGCCAAGCUGGACUGGUCAAAGGUCACCCACAUGAAAGGGGGGGUCACGAACCACGCGCCAGGCGAUGGUCUUCGGGUCAGGCCUCUCUGUAAGGCUGAUUAUGACAGAGGGUUCCUGCAGUUGCUGAGUCAGCUGACCAAAGUGGGUGAUAUCUCCAGGGAGAAAUUCAAUGAGCGCUUCGAUGUCAUGAAGAACUGUCCCGGGCACUACUACGUUACUGUGAUCGAAGACACGGACCAGGGAAAGAUUGUGGGGUCGGCGACGCUGGCCUGCGAAUUGAAGUUUAUCCGCGGCUGUGCGAAGAGAGGACGAUUGGAAGACGUUGUGGUAAAUAACGAAUACAGAGGCAAACAACUAGGAAAACUGUGAGUAUAUUUUUUUCAUAUUUCUUC